GUGAAAUUAUUCCUUUGCUUUGAAGGUCUACAAAAGAAAUGUACAGUUUAUUCUGAAGGAGAAAAUAUUUUCAUUUUGGAACUGGAGUCCUGUGGAAGAUAAAUUGCUUCCGAUUUAUGAAAUAGAGGAGACAAAUGCAAAUAUUUCGGACUUUAUGUUAUGAUCAGAGUGUGCUGAACGAUACGUUUUAGACUUGCUGUCAGAAAGGGCUCAAGGCUCAGCUGAACACAAUGCCAGGACUGUUAAACCAAUCAACAUGGGCACCUCUCCCUUUGAAUGCAUCCUGUAUCAGAGCCUGCACUAAUGGUUACUCCCUCAGGAUAUCCACGAGCCUCACCUAUACCAACCCAGAAAGUGAACCGGUGGAAGGUGUAUUUGUUUACCUGUUGGAGGAGUCAGAGGUGGUGGUUGCCUUUGAAGCCUUGACAGCAGGAAGACUAGUAACAAUCCAGGUAAAGAACCGGGGGAGAGCUGAAGAUUGCUGUUUUGAUUGUUACAGGCGCUCCAACCUGGCACUUCAAUGUAACAAAGGUCACCUGAUAUUGGAUGAAGAUAUGGAAAGAACGACUUUCAUUGUUAGCACUGGGUUGAUUGGUUCUCUGGAAACCAUGACGAUAUUCUUGAGCACUACACUGGAGCUUCAGACACAGCAGAAUGGCACGGUGCAGGUGCUGUUUCCUCUUGUAUUUAUGCCUCUGGUACACAACAAUGAGGGGAAGGUUGAGUCUACAAGAAGUGAUGAAGAACGUUUUAGUUCUACCAAUUGCUUUGGAGCAGGGAGUAUGAAAGUGGAGAAAUCCAAUGAACACCGCAGCCUACCAGAGAUCUUAUCGGAACAAGUAUUCAACCCAGUACCGUAUGAAUUUAGCUUUGAGAUGCUAGUGCGUGGCCCCUGUCUCCUAGCAGGUGUGGAGAGUCCCACACAUGCACUACGAGCUGGUGCAGACCCCAUUGCCAGGUCUGCUUCCACUCUGUACAUCACACUGGCUGAGAAACACCAGUAUGACAGGAACCUCCAAAUUAUAUUACAUCCAAGUGAGCCCCAUAUUCCACACAUACUGCUGGAGAAAGGCAGCAUGAGUUUUGAGGAGUACGAACGACACGUUAAAAGUAGACGGGAUUUCACUCGAGUGAUGAAGAAAAACUCUAAUACGGACAAAAGGGUUGAUUUUGUGCGGAAGCGUUUUCAUAAAGACAUCAGAUUCAAUCCUGUGCUGAUGCUGAACUUCUGCCCCGAUCUCCAUAGCAUCCCAACAGAUUUUGGAAACGUGACCAGAGAAAUUAUAUUCCUUAUCGACAAAAGUGGCAGCAUGAGUGGCAUUAAUGUGGGGAAAAUAAAAGAAGCCAUGAUAGUUGCUAUUAAAAGUUUACCACCUGGAACAUUACUGAAUAUCAUUGGUUUAGGCUCGAAUGUGAAGACUCUCUUCUCUUCCAGUCGAUUGUGUAGUGAUGAGACCCUAUCCUUGGCAUGUGAGUAUAUUCAGAGAAUGGGAGCUGACAUGGGCAGCACCAAUAUUCUCAGUGCUUUAUCCUGGAUUUACAAACAACCAGUCCAUUGUGGGUAUCCUCGACAGCUCUUUAUUUUGACUGAUGCUUCAAUGAGCCAUGCUGGGAAAAUCAUAGAGCUGGUACGAAAAAAUGCAAGCUCAGCAAGAUGUUUCAGUUACGGGCUGGGUCCUAAUGCCUGCAAGCGAUUACUACGCAGGAUUGCAAAGCUCACAGGGGGAACAUUUGAAUCUUUCAGUGAAGGUGAACAACUACAACCAAAGUUAAUUAAAUCUUUAAAGAAAGCAAUUGAGCCAGUCAUGAGUGACAUCACCAUUGAAUGGUAUCUCCCAGAUACUUUAGAAGUUCUUCUUACUCCAAUCGAAAUUGGACCUUUGUACCCAGGGGAUCAUCUCAACAGCUAUGGAGUCAUUUAUGAUCUUUCUGGAUUCCAAAAGAAGAAGAAUGCUGCUCAAGAUGAAUCUUCUACACCAGCCUUGACUGAGAGAAUCAACCUUUCUUUCCCUGCUGAAAAGAAUGACAUUGAGGAGGCAUUAAAGGAGAGAUUUCAAGAGAUUUCUACAGAGUUUUCAGGUGUUAAUGCUGAGGAAAAUGACAAAUCUAAGGACUCCGAGACAGAUUCAUUCAAUGACUUGCGAAAGCGCAUCUCCCUUGCCUCGUAUAUCCAGGAGCAGUAUACGUUGACACAUUGUUCCAUCAGCAAUCUUAAGGGAAUUAGAGAUCGAAGCAUGUCGACCUGUGGCUCAAAUAGUAGUGACUCUACGGAACCUCCAGAUUUUAGCAGGGAAAUAGCAUCCUUCCCACAUGGUUUGGAAAAUAUUGCACAACAGGGACAGAAAAGUUUGGUGCGUUGGGAAUCAUCAAAAAAAACAUUGUCUAAUUUUGAAUCCCUCAGUGGCAAAGGCUUCCUUGGAAAUGACCCUGCUUCAGAUGAGGCAAGAAGAAAGAGAAAACUAAUAGCGCAAGCAGCCCUAUCUGGUCGGAGUUUCUCUUCACCAAAUGGCCAAUUGGAUAUGCAUUACCUGCGCAAGGCAUUGGAGAAAGUAUCCACAGCAAAGUCGCACAAUUGGUCCAUUGGAGGAAGAAUGAACGAUAUUGAACAUGAAUCACAACAAUUUCAAGCUGACAGUAGUUCUAGCAAGAGCCUCACUGAUUCCAACACUCUUCUGUUCCAGGUGGGGACUCCAGAGUGGGACACAUUUUUCGAUCCUGAGAAUCUCUUCUUUCCGGUGACCUCGGAUGAGUCGGGCUUGACAGAAGUGAAUGGCACACACACGAUGCAGUGCAAAUCAGUGAUUCAUGGUUUGAUCAGUGGGAAGUCAGUCACAUGGGAGGCAACAGCCAAUCUCUCCUCCCUCUACCAUGCAUCUGUUCAACAGGAACCAACAUGCACCACUGAAAGUCCAUGGGAAGGGAUCCUCCAUCAGUUGACUGUGCAUUCAGUCAUCAGAGACUUUGAGAACAUGGCGGAGAAAACAAGUGAAAUUGAAUAUGGACCUUCUGGAAGAUAUCGCCUGAAAGCUAUUCAGACCAGCAGAGCAAGUAACAGCAUGUCCAUUUACACAACCGUUGUCCCAGUGAAUGCAGCCACACAGGAAUCAUUAUCCUCCUACGUGGAAGUCCGAAACACAGGAGUCAAAAUAAACCAGACACGAGGGUCACAUUCAGGGAGCAAGAGGCGGAGAAGUUAUUCUACCAGUUUGGGCCGAAUGCACUCCAGCCAUGAUUUUGAGGACUUGGAUGAUAUGUUUGGUUCAACAGGAAUGGAUGAAAUUCCAACUACACCAACCAGUGUGGGAUCUUCAUCAUCCUCUGGGUGGGAAAGACAGAGUAUCCCAGAUGAAGAUGGCCUUGAACAGGAACCAGUGCGCAAGGACUGGUGGUGGGACUCACCUAAUACCCAAAGUGAGGGGCCCGUCACGAAGAACAUUGACUGGGAGACUGAAGCAUGUGGAGGCAGCAAUGCUCUGGAAAACCCUGAUGCCCUGGAGGAGAAAUCAGGUGGCUCUGCGCUGCAAGAUUCAACUCCACCCUCUGCUUCAACCACGCCACUUAAGCCAGGCACUGGCCCAGUUACAGACACUUCAGAGGAACUUAAUGAGUUUAAGAGAGAGGCACAGAGCAAUGUACAGAGUCCACCAAUGGUGUCAGUCCGAACACAGAAAUCAUUUGAAAAUUUCUUUGCAUCCAGGUUUAACCUGGGAAGGAACAGAAGACCUAGUCAGACUGGAAAAUACAUACCAAUAAAGCCCAACUGUCUAUCUGCCAAACUGGACACAUCUCCUGAAGAAGAGGUUAAUGACUAUAUGCCACUGGUACAAUUACAAUUGGCAUCUGGAGCUUUUCUUCUAAAUGAAGCAUUCUCUGAAGCAGUUCAGAUUCCCUUAGAUCGAUUGAGAAGGGCCUCUCCCUUCUCAUGUCAUCGAGCAAGUCUCAGGCCAUCUUCAUGCUGUACAAAGACCGGCGAAGCUGAAUCUCCUCUCAGAAGGAAGAUCUCCAUCCAUGAACAACAUGAGGCUCAACCAUGUGUUAAUAAGAAUGACCAGUGUGUGCUUGAAAACAAUCAGGAAAAUACCGAAGAAACCAUAAAAGCUUCAAAAAAAAUUACAUGGUCAAAUCUUGAGGGUGUUUUGGAUCAAUGCAGUUCUCCAGCAAGUAGAUGCAAUUCAUUCAAUGCCAGCACUGAUGAUCACAGCCCCAACCUCCAGCUGGUGGACAGUGGCAGGGGCUCUGAAACUGACCCCUGUGAAAACUCACCAGCCGCUUCUGAAAGCAGUGGAGCCUCUUACAGGUUAAUAAGUGAUUUGAACUCUCAGUAUGAUGAUUUGGAAGGAAUGAGCUGGGCAACUGCAGUUGGACUGGGCUGGCUUGAACAUCAGUGUGCUGGUUAUUUUCCAGAAUGGGAGCUUAUUGCUGCCAAGGCAGACACUUGGCUACAUUCUCAACAGCUUCCUGAACAGGUGAAUGUUAAUAGGCUGAAGGCAGCAACUAGGCAGCUUUUCCUGUUGCUACGUCAUUGGAAUGAGAACAUCAAGCUCAACAUGUUGUGUUAUAACCCAAAUAAUAUGUAAAUACAGAUGUUUAAUGAAUAUAUAUAUACUUGAAAAUAAUUUUAAAUUGCUGUGCAGGAAAUUAUAGUGCCUGAUUCAAAAAAAACUAAUACAUUAGAUCCUGCUGCAUCUUUCAAUAUGAGGCAGAUAUUUUGCCAUUUAAGUGACCAUUAUAUUAUGACUGCAGCAUCCUAUUAAUUAGAAAUGUAUGGCACAGAUUGCAUUUUAUCUUUCUAUCACAUACCUGCAAAGGAAAUUCAAAUGAUGGUUAACUGUAUAAGAACUAGUCUGGAUUUAUA